CAACAUGGCGGCGCCCAUGGUCACAUCACUUGCUGGUACGAUACGCGCCAAAAAGGGGCAUAAAAAGCAGUUUCCAGUCAAAAAUACAAUAACGUCACCAUUUCUAACUGAGUGGCCACAAUUACAAACUCAAGAUGAAAAGUUUAUCCUCCAAGAAACUCAGAGUAAUCUUGUGCCUUAUGGAGCAAUCUUCGGCAAGCUACCGUCCAAAGGUAAAAGGAAAUCACCUGAUUCUGUAGAUCUAGAGGCAAAACAGAAAAGAGCAGCGCUCAGAUCUCAGUUAGCUUUGGGACUCAAUGAGGUCACUCGCUCAUUGGAACGAGGCGAGCUUCGUCUAGCCCUCGUCUGUCGCUCCGCCCAGCCCGCCCUCAUGACCAACCACCUCAUGGCACUCAGCGCAACGAGGAACAUACCCGUGGCUUGUGUAUAUCAUCUCAGCGAUAGCCUGGCACCCAUACUGCAGCUGAAAGUCAUCAUGGCUAUUGGGUUUAAGAAACUAAAUGAUGGGGACCCAAAUACGUUUGGUGCUCUGGUUAAUUCGAUCAUUGAAAUCACACCACCGGUGGACAUUCCAUGGCUACGAUAUAAAGAACUCAGCACUCAAGAACUCAAGAAAGUCGUCACCAACAUCAUCUUCAGCACAAAGGUGGAACACAGGACUGAGCCAAAACAGAAAGGCAAGAAGGGCAAGAACAAACAGAUGAAGACGACUGGUGCCAUUGUCCCAAGCCAUGCAAUGGCCCCUGACCAUGCACAAGUUGGAACUUCAAGAGAUGGCACUGCUGACACAGAAAACACAAAAGCACAUUCAGGGGCCAGUGCUAUUGCUAUACCAGAAGCAACUGUGCAAGUAAGUCCCCCGGAACAUGGACAUCACAAAGUAUCAACACACAAUCAAAGCAGUGUACAGCUUCAACCAUCUGAAUUGUCGACUGCAACAGUAACCAAAUUUUUAGUUCAAAGCGCCGAUGACGCUUCAAGUAAUUCACUAAAAAGAAAAUCGUCAACAUCUCCGGAAAGGCCGUCAAACACGAAAGCCAAAACCGUCUUGAAACCCAACUACAAGCCAGUCGGUGUUAUCCCAGUCAAGAUCAUCCCAAAAGACAUGAAACCUGGCAAGAAACAACUGAAGAAACAGAGAAAGAAGAACAAGAAGAAAAACAAAAAAGCCGCAGGAAGAAAGUGAAAAACAAUCAAAGUUAAAUUAUUUUGUCCAGUCACAACAGUCGCAAUGUCCAAAUGUAUAUACAGUGUGCGCUCCGGUGCAGAGCAAAAAGUUAAACUAUACAAUGUACAUGAACAUCAAACUUGGUAGUAAUAAUGAUCGUAGCGGCAAAGGAUGUACACCUCAUGAGAUGCAUUUCUGAUUGUCUUCAUAAACGCAUUGUUUAUUUCUCAAAUGACUACUGAUGUGCAUGGGUUUUGUAAGAAUUGAAAAUUAAACAAAAGGACACUCAGCAGGGAGGAGAGUCAGUGAUGACAAAAGAAUCCGAAACGGAGAUCCAGAUGUACAUUGUACAACUCCAUAUUUGGUAAAACAAAUUUCAGGGGGGGGGGCCAAUAAAUACAUGUAAAUGAGUGUUUUGAGAUGCCUAAACAAAUUCAGGGGGGGGGGCAAUAAAUACAUGUUAAUGAGUCAUUUCAGAUGGCUUAUCAGCAAGGCCCAAUUUUGAAGAGUUGCCUUUAAAGCAGAAAAUAUAGCUAAACGAUGCUUUGCUGAGCAGAGCA